CGCUCGCAUUUCACACGGGAAAACAGAACAAGGCAGUCGGCCGGCAGGGAUUUGUCGUGGAGCAUCCUGCUGGGUCGGGCUGGCUGUGCCUCCCUGGUGCCCGUUUGCUGUCCCAGCGGCACGUGGCGUUUGUGAGAUGCAGGCUCCUGUCAGGGCAGGCAGGCAGCCAGAGGGCUAUAUUUAGCUACAGCAACAAAACAGGCAGCAGAAUCAGCUGACUGGAGGCAGGGAGCCUGAUGCAUGGGUUAGUUGUAGACAGCACAUACUCUGUACUGAAAACAGGGAGGGACACAGCGGGGGAGAGACGUGGGAGCCAGGGGAGAGGAAAGCCGCCCACCUCUCCGCACCAACAGCAGGGCAGCCAUGGCACCCCGGGUAAGAUUAAGCCUUUCAAAGCCUCUCCCAACCAUACGUGAAACCCACGAGGAGGCGAUGGAAGACUCAAGCACCAACCCGAAGUGCACUGGAAGCGCUGCAGCCAGCCCGGACUCGUACUCCAGUGACGAUUACAUCCAGUCCAUUUGCCACCUCGCCAGACCCACAUUCCUGGGCCUUCCUGAAAGCAGCCACAAGGGCCAGGACAGGAGGACCCUGAAGACCAUUGAAGACAUUUCAUGGUCUCCAUCCCCUGGGGGGAUACAGCAGGAAAUGUCAAAAUGUAAAUUAACCAAUUUCAUCUCAAACGUGGUGCCGCUGGGAAAGGUUGAUCCUGCAGAAACCGAGCUCUGGUCCAGAGAGGACCCCCUGGCUCAGAUCUACACCCAUGCAGGAAAGCUCUGCUCCUCCAAGGCUUCUUUGUACAGCAAAAGCUCCAGCACUGAAUACGCACAGUGCAACUCUUCCUGCCUGAACAGUGAACUUCAUCCUCCAGCCAUGAAAGGAAAAGCCACAGGGAAACCCACUUUUCCACGAGUGUUCAGUUUUCCAAGGCUUCCCUCCCCAAGACCAGUGCAGAAAGAAGCAGUCUGCUCAGAGAUGAAGUAUCUCAGAAGAGAUGAGGGAACAGUUUUAGGGAGUAACCACAGUCAGAAAGAAAACGGCCCCAUGUUCGUCAGUGGUGAAGAGCUAUCUCCAUCUUCAGCCAGAGGGAAGCUGGUUGGAAACCCAGCCUUGCGCUGCUCAGGCAGAAGCUGCUUGUUCAAUACAACAGGCACUGAUGAGCAAGAAGGGAGAGAAACUUCUCACUGUGACCACAAAAACGAAGCGGGCGAUAUUCCCAGCAAGCAGAGAUAUUUCCAGGUACCUAAAAAAGCCAUGAUUCACAACUGGAUUUCAGAGCACAGAUGCAUCUGGAAAGAAGCAAAGAUAAAAGCUUGUUUGCUCCCAGCCAUUGCUGAAGUGUGAAGAGGUAGCUGCUAGGAGUACUUUUAUUCACAAGAUAUAACCACCCUGUGCUCUAGAAGCAGUCCCCUGGAGUUCUUACACAGAAAACAUGGCUUGAAUGUGCAUGCAAGUCAGGCAGACCUUUGUGACCCAUUGUAUCCCUCAGUAGUGGGCAAAGGGAUGAUUCAGAGUCUCAUCCGCUAAGGAAACAAGCAAUCAGUUCUCAUUUUGGACAGGCAAUAGUCCAUAGAGCAUCUCCCCCCACCUAUUGCCUGGAACUGCCCUGAGCAUGAAGAAAAGCUGGAGAGAGUCCAAAGCCCAUUUGCUCUGGAGGAAAAGUGACUUUCAGGAACAUCAAACUCCUGAUGUUUUCCAGCAAAUGCCAGGCAGCCAGAUGUAGCUCACACUCGGGUACUGUUACUCUGAAAGGAACAUUUUGACCAACGCUUGGACAGUACUAAAUGCGCUCUCUCUGACAUACACAUUUACUAGGAGACCCUUCAGAGAUCACUGUGUCAACAACUGGAAUACCACUGGAUAGGUCACCUCUUAGUGCAGUAGCAUAAAGAAAUAGCUUUUAAAAGUCUUUUGUGAGGAUUUGCUAAAGGGCAGCAUGAAGAAUAUCAGCUCCUCCGGGUGGGGGUAUCCCUGUUGCUUUCCCUGGCACAUCCCUAUUAUCUUUACUCCUUGAUGUACCCUUGAGCGAGGAGCAUUGGUGGGCAUUGCCAUGCCAGUGCUGCAGCUCUCCUGGAGCUGUACCAACCUGUGAUGCCAGCUGUAAAACAGGUAUCCCGCUGGUCCCUGCACUGUCACAUCUGCAUCAGGUGUGCUGUGGUGAGCGUCAGGUCAUCCCUAGCUGCUGGGCUUCACUGUUCAAACUGUCUCUCAUUGGUGCUUUCUCCUGCAGUCAGAGCAUCCUUGUGUACCUGUGUUUAGUACCACAGUCUCUGUAGUCACCCAAGAGCAGUAGGUGAGAAAACUGCAAAGCAACACUAGAUUAAUUACUACUACUGCUACUACUACUAGGAAUAACUCUUUUGGCACAGAGAAGAGCACAGGGACCAGGCUGUUUGCUCAGCAGCAGCCAAGAUGGGAAACACCAUUGGAAAGCUGCAAUUAUAAAAAUGCUCACAAACAAUUCCUAAACCUCCCUCGGGCAGAUUAAAUCAGAAGGCAACUUCUGCUCAGUGCCAACAGGAGGGUAAAUAUGCCCCAGGAUCAAAAGGUGAGCAUAUUUGAGGUUUCAUUUUCACAUCUCUUACCUCAAAUAGUUUUUCUCCUGUUGAAACUCAUUAGCAUGAACUGCCUCUCAGCCUGGUUUUUGAACCAACCACACAGCAAGAACAAAAGUGAAGGUGGCUCCAGCAUUUAUUAUAGCUGAUGGAGAGAUUUGGAUUGGGGGGGUGCCAGCCGGCUCUGCCUCCUCCUCCUCUUUCCUUUCCUUC